AUAUUACCACUGUGGUUGGACUAACCAAUUUACUACUGCCUUCCAGGUUUUUUGGUUCUAUCCACUUUAUGGGUUCAGCAUUAUUCUGAGCACCAUGUGGUAUAACGACAUUGCUAGGUAUGCUUUUGAGGUUCUCAAAAGAAAAGAGAUGCAUCUGGCAAAAGUUUCAGGAGAAAGAGCUUCACAAGACAAUCAAAAUGGCAUGUAUUCAAGCAGACCUGGUGGGCUUGAGGGGGUUGUGGUUGGAAUUGGUGAACAAUUAUAUUCACUUCUUUUAUUAACCUUCUUCUUCAUAGAGGUUGUUGCAGCUCUAUUUAUACCUUACAUUGGCACAGCAAUCAGUUUUCU